UAAAAAUAAAAAUAGGUUAUUUUUAGUUGUUAAUGAUUUCUAUCGUUUCUUAAGAGUAGAAUACAAAAUUUUAAUCUUGAUAGUUUUUAUUGUGUAAUGUACAUAAGUCAACAUUAAAUAAAAAUAUAAUUUUAUGUGUUGUAUAUUUUUUUUAUAAAAUGAGUAUUAAUCUUGUUGUGAUUAAUUCCAUAAAAGAUAUUUUUUUCUAUUGGUUAAACAACUUAAAUGAUUAUAGUUUGAGCUCAUAGGUUGCUUGAUUAAAUCUUAGAUAUGGUGAUGGACAUACAUGUUUUGUUGUGAUCAAUAGCAUGAAAUAUACUUUGUUCUACUGGUUAAAAACUUGAAAUGAUGAUAGUUUGAGUUUGGAGGUCAUAGGUUUAAAUCUUCAUCAUUAUUAUGAUUGAUACACAUGUUUAUUUUAUAAAAAUUGUGAAACUUUUUUUGUUCUACGUGGUAACAACUUUCUCCACAACUAUCACUCUAGUAAAAACUAAAAACUUCAAUUGACACAGCUAGUCCCACAGCCGUCUCCGCUGUCCAAAGUACAACAACCGAACAGGCAAACACAAAACGAAGAGAAACAGAAUCCCUUCUCCAAUCGACCAAUCCAUUUUCGUCCGCUCCUUUCUUCGCUGGCGGCUAGGAUUCCGGCACCCCAAUCGAAAGUCUCGAGCUCCCCUCGAAUUCGAUCAAGUAAAAGGAAACACGAAACGGAGCGGAAAAGCGCAAAGCUUUUUUAAGGAGAAGAAGGAAUGGCAGGAGGAGGAGCAAUUCACCGCUCUCUCCUUCUUUACUCAUUGCUCCAGCUGGUGUUCAUCCUGCUUUCUUCCCUCCCCACAGCCCUAGCCGACGGCGUCUCUUCCGUGGAGGCCAAGCAUCUCCGCGACGAGGUGCGGGAAAUGUUCUAUCACGCAUUUGAUGGAUACAUGAAUAACGCUUUCCCGCUUGACGAAUUGAGACCCCUCUCAUGUCAAGGUGAAGAUACGCUUGGUGGUUAUGCACUCACUCUGAUUGAUUCGUUGGAUACGCUUGCUCUACUUGGGGAUAGAGAGCGGUUCACUUCUUCCGUUGAAUGGAUUGGUAAAAAUCUACAGUUUGAUAUAAAUAAGACGGUAUCUGUUUUUGAGACCAGCAUCCGGGUUCUUGGAGGUUUACUUUCUGCCCAUCUUAUAGCAAGUGAUUAUGCCACGGGUAUGAGAAUUCCUUCAUAUGAUAAUCAAUUGCUCAACCUGGCUGAGGAUUUAGCUCGGAGAAUGUUACCUGCAUUUGACACUCCAACAGGAAUUCCGUUUGGCUCUGUCAAUCUACUGUAUGGCGUUGACGAACAUGAAAGCAAGAUAACAUCAACUGCUGGUGGAGGGACUUUGACAUUAGAAUUCGGGGUGCUAAGUCGCUUGACAAACGAUCCAAUUUUUGAGCAAGUUACCAAAAAUGCUGUUCGUGGGUUAUGGGCACGUCGGUCAAGGUUGAACUUAGUUGGUGCUCAUAUAAAUGUUUUUACCGGUGAAUGGACACAAAAGGAUGCUGGAAUUGGAACUAGCAUUGAUUCCUUCUAUGAAUAUCUCUUGAAGGCUUAUCUACUAUUUGGCGAUGAGGAGUAUUUGUUCAUUUUCCAAGAAGCAUAUGCUGCUGCUAUGCAAUAUCUGUAUAAUGAUCCUUGGUAUGUGGAGGUAAAUAUGGAUUCUGCUGCUAUUGUCUGGCCUUUGUUUAACAGCUUGCAGGCAUUCUGGCCAGGCCUUCAGGUGUUAGCAGGAGAUAUUGAUCCAGCUGUCCGGACACAUGCUGCAUUUUUUAGUGUCUGGAAAAGAUAUGGUUUCACUCCUGAAGGUUUUAAUCUAGCAACUCUGAAUGUUCAGAGCGGGCAGAAGAGCUAUCCAUUGCGGCCAGAGUUGAUAGAAAGUACAUACUGGCUCUUCAAAGCUACCAGAGAUCCCAGAUAUCUUGAUGUGGGAAGGGACAUGAUUGCUAGUCUGCAGUAUGGGGCUAGGUGCCCUUGUGGAUAUUGUCAUAUUACAGAUGUGGAGUCGCACCAAAUAGAGGAUCACAUGGAGAGCUUCUUCUUAGCCGAAACAGUCAAGUAUCUCUGGCUUCUUUUCGACUUGGCUUCUGGUCCAGACAACCUUGUUGAAAAUGGGCCUUAUAAGUACAUCUUUAGCACGGAAGGCCACUUAUUGCCCGCAACCCCACAAAUAUCCCUAGCGAGGGAGCAUUGUUCUUAUUUUGGUGCAUACUGUAAAAAAAGCAGUGAUACCAAACAAGAAAGUUGUAGUAAAUCUGAAGCAUCAAUGAAUUUCCAAGAAGCAGCUAAUGCCAGUAGUACAUCAUCCUACGGUAGCUGGGUUCACAGAGGAUAUUCGUCAUCAGAUUCCUCUUUUCUUGAGUCGAUUAAUCCUUCAGGUUUGAUAAAGGGAGUUUGCCCUGGAUUAAGUCACGGGCAGAGGUAUGGCAUCUCAUACGUGGCAUCAACCGAAACGAUUCACACUCAGAGCAGCAGUCCUGCACCGGAAGACAAAAGAGAGAAUAAUGCUGCUGAGAACCCUCCUCUUGUUCUGGUUUCUGAUAUCCGUGCUAUUAAUGCCAUGACUUUUGGGGGUAAUGAUCAUCAUGAUCAGAAAUCAAGCCCGGAGGAGUUAGAAUGAACAGUCUUUUUCACGAACGCCAAAGGUCCUGAAAGGGCGGUGUUCAAAGCAUUGGCCCCUGCUUGCCAGUUUCGGUGGAGAGAAACUAGAGAUCGUCAUCAUACCUUUACACACCCGCUUGCUUUUCGCCCGAGGAAAAGAAACGGGGUGCUAUAAAGGGUGCCUAUUGAGCAAAUUUACAGGUGAUUGAAGGAUUCUUUGAGGUUAGGGAAGAAGUUCGACGCCCCCCCGAAACAGGAAUACAACACUUUGCUCAUUACUUUGUCAUUGAGGUUGAUGGACAGCAGAGGAGAAUGAGGGGAUCAACUUUCUUGCUGAGCAUGAGUUGUGGAUGAAGGCUGUACCAUUUUUGUACAUUAAAUGGUGAAACAGUAGUCGAAUUGUAUUUAGCCGGUUAGUGGUGAACUGUUUAUUAUCUUAGCGUAGCCAACACACUCAGCAAAUGAAAGAAAGAAUGCUGUACAAUUGGUAGGCGUGAGAAAUGGGGAAAAUGUAAACUGCAUUGGAGACCCAAAUAAGUGAACUUCUGUUCCUCCCUGAACGCGUAUUUUUGUCCUCUUGGCCGGUCGGACCGGAAGACCCAAAAUGAUGGGCUUUUUAUAGCAUGCAGAAGCAGGGCUCUAAUUUGGGCUGGGUUUAGGGAAAUUGAAACAGAAACAAGAAUGGUUGUGGGUCGAGGAGUGAAAGAGGGUAACAUUGUAGAACAGGCCCAAAUAGGCAAAUAUUAUGGAACUGGGGAGAGAAAUGGGUAGGGGACGCUUUGUUCCCAAAUUAGAAUGAAGAGGGAAAAGGAGGAAAGAGUAUUUGAAUUGAGUGGACAGACGGAUCCCACCAUUGUUUCGCGCCAUUGUCGAACAGGGUUCCGCGACCCGUGUUUGUGAAAUUGAUUACCGCUCCGGAGACGCUCCUUCACCGUUGGCGAUCAUCUGAAAUACGGAACAUAGUCGCGUACUCAUCAACCUCCGCGGAUUGAGCGCGAACCCAGGUGAUCACAACCUGUUCGAUGAAUUUCCCGACUGAAACUCCCGCAGCUGCGCUGCAGCCCUCAUUUGCGAACCCGAUUUUCUCACCUUUUACAAGCAUGCCAGGAGCGUCAGUUCCCGCGGCUGAAUUCUUAUUAUCGGGGAUUAGCUGCUCUAUUGGUGGACGGCUGGUGUGGUGUGUGGUGAUCAUGUCUCUGCUCAUUACGGUUUCCGAACCUAGAACAUCAAUGGGAAGCUUGAAUUUGGAAAUGUAGACUAGUGGUGUUUUCAGUCUGAAGCGUUGCUGGUGGGGGAAGUUGAUUUUCCAAGAAUGAUAUGAAGAUCAGGAUUCAGAGUAAGCUUUUCGAUCAUGUUUUCAAUUUGCAGCAUGUGCAAGAUUUUGCGAUCGAAGCAAGUUAGAUUCCUGCACCGAUUUCAACUAAACUCUUUGAUUCCUAGGCGCGAGACAAAACUUGUAAGUACUUCCAAACGACUUGCGUGGAGGAACAGCUUAGUUCUUUCUGCCGAUUGAACAUGCCGAAUGACAACAUAGGAGGUGAGCCGUACUGCAGACUUCAGUUUCCCCACUUUAUAGAGACCAUUUAUUAUGUGCACUGUUGUUGAAUGGAGUUGAAUAUGAUGUGUUGUUCUAGCGGGAAAUGAUAUACCUACUUUCAUUGAAAGGUAUUCAAUCGUAUUUUGGUUAUGCAGGAUUCUGAAUGCACAAUAUACGGAAUGAAUUAAAAAGUCAAUUAGCUGACUAGGGAUUGGCAUGGCAUCCUAUGCAAGAACAAAACCACAUGCCUGAGAUGAGACUGAAAGCCCCUAAUUCAAGCAACUGCAAAACCAUUCUAAGAUGAAGAUGUAUAAGACUGACUUCUCUGACUUUAAUUGCUCACUAUAUCCUGCUAGUUGGUGGGUAUAACUUAGCAUAUAGAUGCAUUUAAUAUUCUAGGAUGAUCUUUGGCCCCUGGUAUGAGGAACCUUCUUAUAACUGCCUGUGGGAUUGCAGCCUUCCUUGAUGUCUAAACAACCCAAGAUAGACCAGCAACAGUGUAUUUGACUGCUGAAGUUAUGUCUUGGGCCGAUUCUAAGCCUGAGUUGUGAGAGCCAUUGAACCUGUUGUUAUGGCUCUAAUUGGGUAGCUAAACAACUGCAGUUUUUGUUUUUUUGGUCAAAGUCAUGAGUUGGAUGGCCCCAACUUAAUGAACUGGCCAUGACUGCUUAUGAGCUGCAUUACAGUUAUCAAACUGCACCCUCCUGAAUGAUGAUAAUGUUUGAGAAUCAGCAAAAUGGUCUAACGUUUUGAUUGAUUCCUGACACCGACAGCCAUAUCAAAACGCAAAAUCGACUAGAAUUUGAACUGUGGAAUCAUGUCAGAUCUUGUUUCCUGCUACUUUUCUAUGAUUUAUUUAGUUUCCACUAGACAAAGUAACGUAUGAAAAAAUAAUGAUUUUCUAUACUUGAAAGUUUCACAGUAGUUUGUCUCCAAACCUGCAGGAACAUCACUGCCGAUGGAACAGCUGCCCGAAUCCAAAGCCCUUCCGUUUGGCGACCGCAAUUCCAGAGGUACUGUGAACAUUUUGAAUCAACUUGUCUCAUAGUAAGUCCUCGUCGACUUUGCUUCUUUAUUUCAAGAGGGGGCAUGGAAAAGUUAAAUUGGCUAACAGAGGGAAGUUUCUGGCAUUUGUUUGCCAUUACCAAAACAAUCUCAAGUCCUUUUUGCAAUAAGAUCUUACUAUUAAUUAUGAGUUAAGGUGGGUGGAGUGGAGGGUUUACUUUUUUGGCAUGUGGUUAUCAACUGAUCACACUUUAGCCGAAAGAAUAACCAAGAAAAUCACUGUUUGCCAAGCCCCAGAAAUUUCCUCUUUGCUCGAUGAGAUUAUACAUCCCACCUAAUUAUAAAAAGUAUACAGAUAUUUGGUAACAGUGAGAAGGCCGAACCAAUAAGCUAUUGCAUAGUAUAGAGCCACUAGUAAGAAAUUAGGUUAACCUCUUUUUAUCACAAAACCCCACCUCUUUCAGCUGCGGGGCACUAUCUUAAUUCUUAACAGUGACCUUAAUACUUUGUUUGCCACUACCAUGCCUUGGUAGAACCGCUGUGUAACCAGUAACAGAUGUUUUCUAAUUUCAAAUGCUACACUCUUUCUCUUUUCAUUGGAUGCUUCCACACUUUUUAUCUUUGGAAAAAAAAGGUGAUAAAUCUUCUCAGGUCAGAUAAAGCUAGCAUGUGUGCUGUUUUGUGAUGAAACUUUGGUACUAUUGGUUGACAAUUAAAUAGGCUAUCUCUCAGAGGAAUUUGUUUUGAUGCUCAUAGCUACAUAUUCAUGACAAAAACCACACUUUCGCCCAAUUGAUAAAUAACGUUUCGAUUAGACCUUGUGUAUGAGAAUUCGACUAUCCUGCUAAAUGUGAUUAUGUGGACUCAGCUUUCUGUUUCUGAACGAAAAUUAGUACAUGUGUAUCUUGUUUUAAUAAUCUUUAUACCAUAGAAGAGGUCCGAACCAAACCCUGGUACAAAGAACAGAGUUCUGAACUUUAUCCUUUUGGGUUUGGUUGAAGUGGUCCGUGCAAGAAAUCUACGGGUUUGUUGUUUCUUCUUUGCUAUUGACUAUGGAGUAACCAGAAAAAGUUCAGUCUCUCCUUUCUCUUUUCCCAGAACACUGUAUUUUAUAAUUUUUCCUGGGCAAUGUGCAUUCUUUUGGCCUUCACCUUUCCCAACAUGGAGUUACUUGCUUGUGGAUUUAUGCUACGCUAAAGAAAACCAACAAAUAAGUGGCAAAAGAUGUGAAAUGUGAAUACUAUACUUGAAUACUCAACUUUUUACCACCUGAGAUUUGAAGAAAGUUAAAAAAGUAAAACAGUUACUGCUACUUUCCCAUUUACCUUUCUGAUGAAAUAACCAGCAAGUACUUUCUUGCUCUCCUACUCACUCACUGACAUUUCACAUCACAUCCCGUUCUGAAAUUCAAGCCUCCCCUGACUGACAGAGCCCUGUGGGAAAACUCUGAAAACCAUGUAGUAACUUGCUGGAUGACUUAGAAUUGUUUGAAUAUUUAUGUCAUGACAGCAGACCAGAAGUGAUACUGUAAUUCUUUCUGAAAAUGGGAUCUUGAAUAAUUCUAUGAUCUUAAACGCUGGAGGGAAUAGAAAGAGAGAGAUUAACAUAGAAGACAAUAGAGUACCUUCAUUUCUGUGUAAGUUCAUUACCUGCUUCUGAAAUGGUUACCCAGUUGAACUGUCGAUCAAUGAACAAACAGAUGUGUUAUGUUAAGGUUUUGAAUUUAUUUCCCAUAAUUUGAAGUGUAGAAUCAUCAUGCUUCUACAGUUGCGUGAAGUCUCCCAUCUAUCUCCUUUCUUGCUUCAAAGAAGGAACUUAUGAACCAUCUAAAACCAAGUAACUUGUGGUGCGACUUUCCUUUCUUUCUUUCCUCUUGAUGUUAAUUAGUUGUUGCUAGCUGUCUGGUAUGUUUGUUGAAUGAUUGUAAUUAUGUAGUGGCAGUUAAACCCUGAAAAACUUCGGUUGGCGUUUAUGUGCUAGCUGUCUGGUAUAGUUUAGUUUCCUUAUGUGCACCAAUUCCUCAAAAGUCAGAAGCAAGAAACUCGCAUGGAUUUACAAGGUGGAAGUGGACAAUAUAUAAAAAGUUAAAGAUCUGCCUGGAAAAUCAUAACAAACAGUGGUGUAUUGAAUUUGUAAGGCCGUGUGUAUCUCAUAACCAAGAAACUUGUUGGCGUUCUUGUGUUUCUUUCUUUCCUAUUCACAUACUGAUUUACACGAUCUGCAUCUAAAGUAACUGAAGCAAAAAACAGCUUCACAUGUGAAAUUUCAGAACUUUCAUGAACACACAUCACAAAAUAGCACCCACGUACAGGGGUGCCCAAAACCACCACCAUCUGUAAAUCUUAGCUUGUUUUCCCCCUUUCUUACAUACCCU